AUUUUUAUUUCGACGUCCUGUCUGUGUCAUUGACUCAUUCGGUUCCGUUUUAGUUCAACUGUUCUCGUGGUUAUUUGCGUAGCUCUUUUCCUAGCAGCCCCCGUUUCGCUUCUCUUAUUGCGUUAUACCGUAAAUUGGUGGUAAGGAGCAACUAGAGAACGACGUCGUAGAGAAUCCCGCUCGGAUUAUCGUUCGAAAUCUUCGCUGGAACCAAAGCAGCGUCUUGAAAUACGCUCUACUUCAACCGAACCCCAGUCCACUCCCGUCGAACAUGCCGCCUAAACGCGGCGGAGCAGGCCGAGGCGGGAACAAUGCGAAGUCUGAGGGGCAGUCGAGUUCCAAAAAUGAGGCCGGAUCGUCGUCAGAAGAAAAAAUGAUAGGACCCACCUCCAGCAAGAGGGGCAGCAGCAAUGAUAACUUCUCCGCCGACAGCCGCAAGCCCGCGGAACUGGACGUGCUUACCCAGGUUUUUGUGCAAGUCGAGGAAAAAACACUGCAGCCGUUGUUCCAGUCCCGGCUGGCGCAAACCAGUUUCUUCACGGGGAAAACCUGGGCGCCGGUGCUCCGCGUGGUAAUUCUCGGGGUCAUUUGCCUCCUUGCGUUUUGUAUCAAAAGGGCAGGCAUGUCUCGGUCUGGAGAAUAGACUGGAGAGGCAGGUUGGGGAAUGAUAGUACGGAGAUGUCAGUACACAGGUUAGAAGAAGCAUGACUAGUUAAACUGAGUUGGUUCUUGCGCAGGACUACAAAUAGAAUACACCGCUCUUGCAUAUGGCAAGCGCGCGGAGCGCUUCGGCAGCAUGCAUGCCCGACUUAAUAAAAGAAUCUCACGAAACAAGCAUAUGACAAAUCUUGCAAUCCUCCAGACUGAGAGAUAUAAUUUGCAGUUGAUAUUUUGCAUCCGCCUGUUCGCCGUGAUCCGGUUCGAGUCCGUAAUCCACGAGUUUGACCCCUACUUCAACUACCGCACGACAAACUACCUCUCCGAGCACGGUUUUUUGGAGUUUUGGAACUGGUUCGACGACCAGUCUUGGUACCCGCUCGGGCGCGUCAUCGGCCACACGCUCUUUCCCUAUCAAGUGUAAAAAUGUCUGGGUCUGGAAGAUUUCUAGAUUUGUCAUGCAUAUUUUCCAUGAGCCAUGAUGUCUCUGCUGCAUGCCAUAGCAUCACAGAUUUUUAGAGGGCUUUGUGAUACAUCUACCACAUGACAAAUGCCCUCUCCACGUAGGACAAACCCGACCCCUCUUGCUGGUCAUGCAAUACAGUUUUUUUUUAGAAUCCACAGACAGCAUCACAAGUUGUGACCUUCCAGACCCAGACAUUUUUGCAUUUGAUAUUCCGGGUCUGAUGACCACCACUGCAGUGUUGAAGGGCGUAUUGCACUCCAUCGGCCUGUAUCAAAUGCAAAUACGUCUGGGUCUGGAAAAGAAGUGCGCCGUUUGUGAUGCGCAUCUUGCAUGAGCCAUGAUGCCUGUGAUGUACCAGGCCGUAUGAUCACAGAGUUUUUGAGAGCUUCUUCAUGCCUCUGCUGCAUCAGAGACGCCCCCUUCGGUAGUAGCAAAGCCUGGACUGAUGUUCUUGCUGCGCAUUCAAUACAUAUUUUUACAGAAUCCACAGACAGCGUCACAAGUUCAGUUGCAUGCUUCCAGACCCAGGCAUAUUUGCCAUGCAUAGCCUGGUGGUGAACGUGCGAAACCUCUGCGUGUUUAUGGGUCCGACGUUCGCGGCGUUCACCUCCCUCUCCGCGUACUGUCUGACGAAGGAGAUUACGAGUAAGCCGGAAGCGGGGCUCGUGGCGGCAUUCUUCAUGGCGAUCUGCCCCUCCUACUUGUCGCGCUCGGUGGCGGGAUCGUACGACAACGAGUGCGUGGCCAUUUUCGCGCUGGUGUUAAGGAGUGCAAAAGUAUCGUUUUAGCACAGGUCGCAUGCAAAAUCUAUUGCCCAACAGGAAAUCGAAAUACAAACGAAUGCAGUCAACAUGCGUAUCUAUCUGUAUUGAUUGAGCUGACAUAUUCAAAGCAGGUCUGUCAUGCUGAAUUGCAAGUCGUGCGACGCCGAUACUUUUCCACGGGAUACAUUUUUGCCUUCUACAAUUUCAUUCGGGCGGUCAAGGAGGGAACGAUGUUUCAUGCGGUGCUGGCCUCGUUUAGCUACCUGUACAUGGCUAUGGAAUGGGAAAAAUAAACGUUUGCUUAUUUCAAAAACGGUUCAUCUGAUGUGAGAUAGAUUUCAACGAAGUUCUCCAUUGCUAUUGCGAGGGCUCCACACAGAAGAAGUAAGUACUUACUUGCCUUCUGAAUGCUGCUUGUGUGCGAUCAGAUAAAAUUCCAUCCUUAUUGAUGCGGGUCGAAUGCGUCGCAAUCCCCUGAAAUGAACAUGUUUGUCCCCUUCCAUAUCGCUCUCAACCUGGGGUGGCUACGUCUUCUUGACAAACACGAUCGCGAUUUACGGUAUUCGAAGUGAAUAUCUGUUGUCGUGUCAGACUUAUUUACUAUCCAUGAUCUACCCGUCGAGGGAAACAAAUAUUUCUCAUGUGAGCUCGGCCAUGAGAUGUCGAAACAUGUCAUUUGAAAAACCCUAUCAGCCUUCGCGCUCCUUUGUCUCGACCGGUUGUCCGGCUCCGCCUAUGUCGCCUACUGCCUGUGGUACGUGCUGGGAACCGUGUUCUGCCUCAACAUUCCGUUUGUGAACAUGGGCGCGGUCAAGUCGUCGGAGCACCUGGCGAGCCACGGGAUUUUUAUGCUGUGCCAGGCGUACAAGCUCUCCAAGUACGUCCUGAGCCUGAAGAAAUCCGAAGUCUUCACCGACCUGCUAACCGGCCUGCAGACGGAGGGUAGUGGUACUUCUAGUGUCGCCGCAAGUUCAUCGUCCCGGAGCAAGGGUAGCAUGAGCCGCGGGACAAGUGGCGGGUCUCCUUUCUCCGCACCAAAUCUGGCCGGUUGGAAGAUCAAAACGACAAAGUUUUUGCUGUCGGGUAGGGGCAUCAUCGCGGUCAUUUUGUGCUUUUUCCUGCUGCUGGUCACGUAUCUGACCAUGACGGGAAAGCUAUCGUGGGGAAAAAUUAUCUAUGUCCCCCCACCCCAUCCUCUUCAAAAGGGAGAUUUUUACUCACCUGCUGCACUUCACCGCAGUCGGUUGAGAAUAGGAUUCUGAAUUGCAAAUCCGGCUUAAGAUGAAAUCUCGGUUUGAGUUCUCUGGGGUAGAGGGGGCUUGUUUUUUCACUUUGAUACAAGUCGCAGUGGUCGGGACGGAGUCUGACCUUGCUUGAUCCGACGUACGCGAGAUAUCAAAUGCAAAAAUGUAGUCAUCUCAGUCUGGAAAGAUGCAGAAGUUCGUCAUGCAGGAGUUUUCAUCAGGCCUCGCACAGUCUGGAUCUGGAAUGAUGCAGGGCGUAGCAACACAGGUUCUGCAAGGCCUUGGGAAUUAUGCCCAACCGCUCAGCGUGACCAAAAGGGGGCAUCUUUUGCAACUCAUGCAAGAGAGGUUUUUGUGUGACAGGCAGAGCGCGCCACCACGAACUUCGCACUUUUCCAAUACUACAGACAUCAUGUUUGCAGUGCAUACGGGAAAUUACAUCCCUAUUAUCGCGUCAGUGUCCGAACACCAGCCGACAACCUGGAUCAAUUACGUGAUGGACCUGCAUGUCAUGGUACUAAAAAGAAAAUGAAAAUGUGCGUUCUUUCAUGCCCGCACAAAAGGGUCACCUGCUUGGCGAUGCGACAUGAGAAAAGUAGGCGUUUGCGCUGCUAAUAACGGUCAAUCGUAGAAGUUUUUGUGAAUGGAAAUACAGGAGGAAAAACAUCGUAUAAAUUUUUCAGGUUUUCCUUCUGCCGCUGGGCUUGUUUCACUGCUUUUGGAACCGGUCGUUUGGGCUGCUUUUUCUCGGCGUCUUCGGCUUGCUGUCGACCUAUUUCUCGGGGGUAAGAAGUUUUAAAAACAAGCGUCAGAGGAUAUUAAAUGCAUCUGAUUUUAUUCAACUUCUAUCUCUAUGUUCGUAUGCCUCUCGUUUUGACGCUCGAUGAAGGAGGUAAAGUAUGUCCUGGGACAUGAAAGUACGCCGUUUAAAAAGUUUAUCUGACAAGUCCUCCAUGCUGUGGCAAACGCAAAUUAGGUGAUGAUCCGUCUUCUUCUCGUGAUGUCUCCCGCCUGCUGCUGCCUGUCCGGAUUGGGAACGAGCCACGUCCUCACGGUGUUCAUGACGAACCUGCGACACUGCGAGCCCCCAAAAACGAUCGCAAAACACUUCAAGGUACGGAGAGACGUGAUUGAUUGGGUUAAGUGUGCGGAGUUAUUUUCUCAUGGUUUUUUGCUGCUUGAAAUUGAAAUUUUAUGCUAUGGUGGUUACCAUUGCGUGUGUCAAGUAAUCAGCAAGAAAAGUCCUCUUGUUCGACCACGAUAGACGUCCUCCAUCCUGGUAGCCAGUGUGCUGUUUUUCACCCUCGCAAAGUACGUGACCCACUGUACCAUGAUCUCUUCUACGGCCUACUCCUCCCCCUCGAUCGUGAUGGCGAGUAACCUCCGGGACGGCACGCGGAUCAUCCAGGACGACUUCCGGGAGGCCUACUACUGGAUCCGGCAGAACACGCACAAGAAGGCCACCAUCGCCAGCUGGUGGGACUACGGCUACCAGCUCACCGUGAUGGCAAACCGCACGGUGAUCGUGGACAACAACACCUGGAACAACACGCACAUUGCCACCAUCGGGCUCGUGCUCGGGUCCGACGAAAAAACCGCGUGGAAGAUCCUGAAGUCUUUGGACGCCGACUACUUUUUGGUCCUGUCCGGCUCCGUGGCGCGGUACAGCUCGGACGACGUGAACAAAUUCCUGUGGCCCGUGCGCAUCGCCCAGGGGGUCUACCCGAACCGCAUCUCCGAGUCGGACUUCAUCGGCCCGGGCGGCUACACCACCGGGCAGGGGGCCAGCGAGAAGUUUCUGAACUCGCUAAUCUACAAGCUGGCGUUCCACCGGCUGGCCGAGAUCACCGGCGGCCAGGACAUGAUUCGAGGUACCAUGCUGGCCAAACCGGAGUUCGAGCUCACGCACUUCUAUCAAAGCGAGAAGUGCCUUCACGCCACCAGAGUUGGGAAAUGUGUUCGCACAAGUUGUUGUUCCCAACGUUCAUGUAAAAACAACAAUUGCCAGCACCGACAUUGGCUGUAUCGGCAUGGUAAAUUUAUUGCAAACCAGAGUACCGAAUGCCUCCUGGGUUGUUCUUGCACUGCGCCACAGAAAAAUGACCGAUGUCUGUGGUCAUGUAGAAGCUACUUUUAUAAAAGCUGGCUCAGAAGAUUCUGAAACAAAAAAUUCUGCGCAUGCAAGACAAAGAGUCCCUUUCUGUGCGGGAAGUUUGCUCCGUAGUUUUCUGGGGGUGGGGGUGCACUUUCCAUUUUGAUAACUGCACCGAGGUUUUCACCAGCGAGAACUGGAUCGUGCGCAUAUUCGCGCUGAACAAAGAAAACAACCGCAUCAAAUUCGAAAAGAACGCGGAAAGCGGCAGUGCCGGGGCGAAGACGGCAGCGGUGGAGUAAGACGUUGAACUACGACCUUUUUGGAUGAUUACUGAUUGUGAGGUUUUCUACUUGUCUGCUUAGAUAGAUGAUAUUUGCAAGGAAAUACGGGGCAGGAGUUGUGAGUAGCUUAUCCUGGUGACCUGCUCCCAGAGAGCAAUGGAAUUAAUGUCGGGCGUAAAUCAUGUGGACUUCUUGUUGCAUCCAGUCCGUAUGGUGUUUCCGGCUCAGAUGGUGUUGAGUGCGGGAAUUAUGUCAAUCUGUCGGGCGAAGGCGAAGAACAGUAUUCCGAGAACACAGCUGGUAUAGAAAUG